AUGGAUAUCGCAACAGGUCCCGAGUCCUUGGAAAGGUGCUUUACGCGGGGCCAGUCGGACUGCUCAAAGAUGCUGGACGGUAUUAAAAUGGAAGACCACCCUCUGCGCUCGGGUCCGGCCACGUUAGGAGUGCUGCUGGGGUCGGACUGCCAGCACCAGGCCGUCUGCGAGGGCUGCCAGCGGCCCAUCUCGGACCGGUUUCUGAUGCGGGUGAACGAGUCCUCCUGGCACGAGGAGUGCCUGCAGUGCGCGGCGUGUCAGCAAGCCCUCACCACCAGCUGCUACUUCCGGGACCGAAAGCUCUACUGCAAGCAGGACUACCAACAGCUGUUUGCUGCUAAGUGCAGUGGCUGCAUGGAAAAGAUCGCCCCAACAGAAUUCGUGAUGAGAGCCCUGGAGUGUGUUUACCACUUAAGCUGCUUCUGCUGCUGCGUCUGUGAACGACAGCUGAGGAAAGGGGACGAGUUUGUUCUUAAGGAAGGGCAGUUGCUCUGCAAAAGUGACUAUGAAAAAGAGAAAGACUUGUUGAGCUCGGUCAGCCCAGACGACUCAGACUCAGUUAAAAGUGAUGAUGAAGACGGAGACGUUAAGCCCACCAAAGGACAAGUAGCCCAAGGAAAAGGAAGUGAUGAUGGGAAGGACCCAAGAAGACCUAAACGACCGAGGACAAUACUUACUACGCAGCAGAGACGAGCAUUCAAAGCAUCCUUUGAAGUGUCUUCCAAGCCCUGUAGGAAGGUCAGAGAAACACUAGCAGCUGAAACAGGACUCAGUGUGCGAGUCGUCCAGGUCUGGUUUCAAAACCAAAGAGCAAAGAUGAAAAAACUAGCGCGAAGGCAUCAGCAGCAGCAGGAGCAACAAAACUCGCAGCGACUAGGGCAAGAAGUGAUGUCCAACCGAAUGGAAGGGAUGAUGACAUCUUACACACCACUUGCACCACCACAGCAGCAGAUUGUAGCAAUGGAUCAAAGCAGUUAUGGCACAGACCCAUUUCAGCAGGGUCUUACCCCUCCACAAAUGCCAGGCGACCACAUGAACCCUUAUGGAAACGACUCCAUUUUUCAUGAUAUCGACAGUGAUACCUCUUUAACUAGCUUGAGCGACUGUUUUCUUGCCUCUUCCGAAGUUAACUCCAUGCAGGCUAGGGUAGGAAAUCCCAUUGACAGGCUGUACUCUAUGCAGAGCUCCUAUUUCGCCUCAUGAAAAUAAAAGAAAACAAACAGCCGGAGUAUAUUUAGCCAGUGACUUUUUCCAGUGCAGACUCUACAGCCAUAUGUUGCCCAGCUCUUCCUUCACAGUGACUCCUGCUGCCUCUGGACUGCAAAGAGCAUUUUUAGGAAGACUGUAUCUGUGUGCAUAUAUGUGUAUGUAUGUAUAUAUAUAUUAAUACCUACCUACAUACAUACAUAUAUAUAUAUAAAGAAAACGCAUCCACCAGUCCCAUCCCCUUGAUUCCCAGCUUGCACCAGACCACGAGACAAGCACGGAAGGAACAGAAGACCCUGCUCGUCAGAAGCCUUUGGUUUGGUUUGAGCUCAUCGUUGUACAGGAAAUGGAUUUUGCGGAAAGCUAGACCUUUUCCUCCUUUCUCUCUUCCUUUCUUUUGGAUGUUUAAACUUUGUUUGUUUCGUUUGGGUUUUUUUUUUAAAGCCACUGAUACUGACAUCAGUUGACCAUAUGACAAAUAAAUCAA